AUGUCCAAGCCUGAGAGUUCUCCAUUGCAGAAAAUUUGCACUACAUUAUUGGUUUUGUCCAUGGCAUACUGCGGAUCAGGCCUUCAAAACUAUGGGACAGGACCUGGUUUUAAUUAUGUUGUUAACGUGAUGAAAAUGGGGGCCGUUGGCGAUGGCAGAAAAGAUGAUUCACAAGCUUUUUUGAGAGCUUGGGCGGCUGUUUGUGGAGCAAACAAAACCGCCCCACUUCUGCUUAUACCAGCCGGGAGAACAUUCCUUUUGAAGCCAGUAAAGUUUCAAGGUCCAUGCACAUCCUCUGCCAUUAAUUUUAAGAUUCUCGGAAAUAUUAUGGCACCUGAUAUGACAGCUUGGAAAGGUGACGAUAGGCAAAACUGGCUUGUUUUCGAAAACAUAAACUGGCUUAAAAUUGAUGGAAACGGGCAAAUUGAUGGACGAGGUGCAAGCUGGUGGCAGCAAGAAAGUGAACCUGAGAAAAGACCUGCUGCUUUGACGUUUAACAAAUGCACUAACCUCCGUCUGAAUCAAUUGAAACACAUCAACAGCCCAAGGAACCAUAUUACUGUUACUGGUUGCAGGAAUGUAGUCAUUUCUCAUCUAAAUAUUACUGCUCCUGGUUCAAGUCCCAACACCGAUGGCAUCGAUAUCGGCCAGACCAGGAAUGUUUAUAUCCACGAUUGUAACAUUGAAACUGGUGAUGACUGUAUUGCCAUUGGUACUGAGUCCUUCAACUUCAAAAUUAGUCAUGUGACAUGUGGACCAGGUCACGGCAUAAGUAUUGGAAGUUUGGGAGCAAAUGGAGCUAUGGCUAGAGUUAAAAAUAUAAACGUCAGCGACUGUAGCUUCAAAGGGAGUACAAAUGGAGCAAGGAUUAAAACAUGGCAGGGAGGAUCUGGAUUUGCCAAGGAGAUUUACUUUCAGAGAAUUCAUCUUGAUGCAGUUGCCAACCCUAUUAUCAUAGACCAAUAUUAUUGUCCAGUUCCUGGAAACUGCCCAAAUCAGACAUCAGCUGUUAAAGUGAGCGAUGUUUUCUACAAUAAUUUCGAAGGGACUUCAAGCUCGGAGAAAGCAAUUAUAUUGAAUUGCAGCCAGAGUAUUGGUUGUGACAAUCUUAGACUUACAGACAUUUUCAUAAAAAGUUCUGUUCAGGGGGCAGGCUGCCAAUCCUCAUGCCUCAAUGCUCAAGCAACAGUUAGUAAUUCAGUUCCUGCCGUAAAGUGUUUAAAACGUAAAUAG